GCUUUGGUAGCAUCAGUGGCGACUUGAGCCCAAUUUAUCGGGCAGUGCUCUCAGCAGUGAAGGAAAUUCCUGACCUGAGGGUCAUUCUGCAUAAGGGGUGGUGCGAUCUUCCUGGAAUCACCAAGGAUGAUUUCCCAGAAGGGAUUCGUGAUAGAGUAUUCUUAUUAGCGCCACCACCGAGUAAAUGUCCAGUUUGUGAGGAGAAAAAGGCCGAAUCCCAGAGUUUCUUCUGUGACAACUGCGCUGCCUUCAGUGAGCCUUCGGCGGCUGCUGGCACGUGGGAAUAUGAGAUGGUGCAGACACUAGGGACAUCGCAUGUUGCUCUAGUACCGGGUAUUCCUCACGACUGGUUGUUCCCUCGUUGUUGUGCAUGUAUGCAUCACGGUGGUGCUGGUACUACUGCUAUGGGGUUGGACUGUGGCCUGCCUACUACUGUGGUGGCCUUCUUUGGAGACCAACCUCUGUGGGGUGGACUGGUGGACGUGCGUGGUGCUGGCAAGAUGGUAUUGGCCAGGCGUGUCACCAAUGAUAACAUGCUCACUGCGAUGCGGUAUUGUCUAUCGACCGAGGCGAAAACGGCAGCUGAGGAGUUGAAGGAGGGACUCGCGGAGGAGCGGAAGGCGGGUCAAGGAGCUCGGGCGGGCGCUGAAGCAUUUGAGCAUCAAUUACCGUUGGAGUUGGUCACCUGUGAGGUCUGUGCGAUGAGGGGUCGGCAUGAUGAUGAGGGCAGAGAUGUGAGGCCGAGGGCUGCGGAGUUGAAGGAGGUUAAUAGAGAUCUACGCAUGUGUCCGGUGUGCGCCUUGCUGAUGCAAAGCGCUGGGGAGAAUCUCUGCCUUGAACCGCUUCGAACAGCUGAUUGGGCUCGGACGAGAGGAGGAAUCUUAUAUGUUCACUUCAUACGAUGGUUGAAGUCGUUUGUGAAGUUAUUCCGUCGUAUGGUCCAGGGUGGACAAGAGGGUGGUUUGUAUGGAUUCUUGAUUGGUGUUGUAGUGGGUAUUCUCGAGUUCCUAUUAUUCAUUGUAGUGGCCCCUUUCAUUUUCAUAAGAGAUCUCUUCAGAGUAGCUACACAGUUGGUGGUCCCAGCCAAUGGUAAAGCUCAUUGCGGAUACAAAAUCGAUCCGUCGAUCGAUUUCCUGAAGGAUAUGGUUCUUGUAUUGAACCCGUCACACGGUGUCGCAGCGGUGAAGGUGUUUACUCUGACGGAGGACGACUAUAUCUUUUCGGGUGAGGAGAUGAAGAAACUGGAGAGGGUUACAUUGCUGGCGGUUGAGAAAGUGCUGAAAAGGCGUAAAGAAGAGGCGGCUCUCACUGAGAGUGUCUGCUCACUUAUCGAGAUGAGAGGUGUUGGCAUGCAACUAACAGCCGACCCGACAGCUAAAGACGUAGCAGAGAUAUCCCGUGGUUCGCACAAGAAUGAUGGGCAAGCUGUCGAUGUAUUAGCGAGCGACUCCGCAUAUGACGACAAGUUGUCGACUGAAUUCCACGUUACUAACUUGAGUCAGAUUUUAACUGAGAUUUGGCUUCUCAUCAGCGGCUUGGGGUUAUUCCCUCGCGAGGAGUCCAUGAAUUACUCCUGUGGCGAGGAUUAG